CAGCACCACUGAAGAGGGUCCGCUAGCUAGCUAGCUAGCCGCUGGUUAGCACCUGGGCCGACGCUCGAACAAAAUAAACCCCGAGUUUUUUGGUACGCCUUCUCUGAGUGAAUGAUUCUCCGGUCGUCGGUAGCGGGACGAUGUCGGACCGAAAGCGAAGACGAGAGAAGGACGAGCGAAGAGAACACAAGAAGCACAAGUCCUCCAAACAGGAUUUGGAGAAACUCAAAACACACACGAAGAAACUCAACCAAGAAGUCCAGCAGCUGAAACACGUUGAGACGUUCUAUGAGAAACCUCCACCGGGGCUCAUCAAGGAGCACGAGGACAAGCCGGAGGACUGUAUCCCCGCGGAACCCGGAAAUGAAGCAGCCAGGACCUUCCUGGCUAAGGCCCCCACCCGCGGGCUGUGGAUGCCUCUGGGGAAGGAGGUGAAGGUGAUGCAGUGUUGGAGAUGUAAGCGCUACGGCCACAGGACGGGAGACAAGGAGUGUCCCUUCUUCAUCAAGGGCAACCAGAAACUGGAGCAGUUCAGAGUGGCUCACGAGGACCCGAUGUACGACAUCAUCCGGGAAAACAAAAGGAACGAAAAGGAAACCAGGAUCCAACAGCUGCAGAAGAUGCUUCAAGACACCACUUCCUCCAGCUCGGACAGCUCCUCUUCCUCGUCCGACCACCAUCGCGGCAAGAAAAGGAAAAAGCAGAAGGAUAAAAAGAAGAAAGACCGGAAGAGGAAAGGGAAACGAAAGCACAAGACCUCCGACUCAUCGGACUCCGAUUGAGUGUCAUGUACUCGUAAACCGAUUUAAAGUGUCCUGCAGAGCGACUCUCCGAAGACCCGUUGGGGGCUUUUUCUCUGCUGAGUGAAACUGUACAAACUGAAGGUCCCCCGCUGAGUGUUCUCCAGGACCGUAGAACCACACGGAGCUAUGUGCCCCCCCCCCCCCCCCGCUUUAGUACGUUUGUGGCUAUCUGUGUCAGGAAGCAUUAGCUGCAUGCGUAACUAAUCUUAAGUGAUACAAAACCAGCCCGCUGGUGUGAGAGCCGAUGUUCUUUUGCGGCCUCCGAUGAGACGGCAUGUCAUUAAAAGAUUGUGUUUUCCACUAUUUUUGUAUCGCCGCCAUCUCUCUGGCAUUAAAUACUUUGAUUGUAGAGUGUGUUAAAUGCUGAGAGGUGGAAAGAGAGACAGGAAUUAGUAGAGUUAUAGUUUGUUUCCCCACACAAGCCUGAAUGUUUGAGUGCUUGUGACUGUACAUAAAUAUUUGAAAUGAUUUGAGGUUGGAAUAUGCUUAUUUGCUUUGAAAAAAAUGCAAACCACAGAGCUGGGAAAGAAUGUAUGUGAAUGUGCUCCCUUAUUCUGAGAAUAAAGAUGGCUCUUUCUCCAA